AUGUAUUGCUGCAAUUACAACUAUGGUUCAGCACGAAAAGCCAUAGAGUCUGAUUUGCUAAAGAACCCAGAUGUAGUUGCAAAUGACCCAAACAUUUCAUUCAAAACUGCAUUAUGGUUUUGGAUGACACCACAAGCGCCAAAGCCCUCGUGCCACGAUGCAAUCAGUGGGAGAUGGACACCCUCAACCGCAGACUUAGAAGUUGAACGAGGGCCUGGUUACGAUGUCGUUACCAACAUCAUCAAUGGCAGAAUUGAAUGUGGUAAAGGUUUAAACGCGGAAGUGGAAGAUAGGAUUGGCUUCUACAAAAGAUACUGCGACUUACUUGGAGUUGGCUAUGGCCAUAAUAUGGGCUGUUACAACCAAAGGCCCCUUAUGGGUACAUUGGCUCAAGGAGGGGUAGGUUCAAUUCUUGCCUCGAUCUAUACUUCACUACUUGUUUUGUUUGUUGUUCACUUCGCAUUUGUGUCAUAUUCUGGGUAA